UCUCUUCCACCUCUUAAUUUGUUCUUUUUAUUUCCUUCUUCUCAAAGCUAAAAAACUUUCAACAUAUUUAUUUCUCUCUCUCUCCCUACUCAUUCUUUUUUCUUCUAGUUGAAAUUUUGAUUUUCAUCUUUUUUGUUUCUUAAUUGGUUUUUGCCUUUCUCUUGAUUUUUUGAAUCAUAUGAAGUUAUAUAAAAUGCUACCAAGGCAACUAUGAGUAUAACUUCACUUAUUUCCUCAUUAAUUUUCUCCAUCAAAGAAAUAGUUAUUGCAUUUCUCCUUCUUCUACUUCUCUCUCCUAAUUCCUAUUCCUUAAACCCUAAACAUGAGACUCUAGACUCUACAAAGGACGUGUUAGUUGAAGAGAAAUCAAGGUUGGGUUCAAUGCCACCGAGUUGUUACAAUAAGUGUAACCAAUGCCAUCCAUGCAUGGCGGUGCAGGUCAGUGAGGUACCUAAAAUUUAUCAAUUAAUGUCAAUUGAUUUGUACAAGGAUUUGAAUUGGGAUGUAUUUUUCUUUAAUUUUUAUUUCAAAUUAUUGUUAUAUUUUUCGUUUAUACAUAUAUUGACACCACUAGUGCAGGUACCAAGCCUAUCGAGUCACAAAGAAGUCGGACUAAGUGGCGAUGUGACUCGAACCCAGUCUAGGUCCAUGGACUACAAUACUCUAGAGUCCAACAGGUACUCCAAUUACAAGCCACUUGGAUGGAAAUGCAGAUGUGGUGGUCAUUUCUACAAUCCUUAGCUAAUAGCUAUGCUUAAUUAGCUCAUGAGACCAUUACAUAAUUAAUUGUCUAAUUGUAAAAAUUGUAGGAGUAAGAGUUACAAUUAACUUGUGGAGGAUGUAACCUUUUUGCCGCUGAUUAGAAUAUUAAUAAUUUUUUAACUACAAUAUUUUGAAAAUUAGCGGAGGUGGGACAAUGCAUUAAAUGAGGCUGUUAGGCAGCAUUCACUACGGUGUACAUGUUGAUAAUUAAUACUGAUUUUUACAUAAGGUGUUGCAAAUGUAAUGGGGUAGGUUUUGACUAUUGAUCAUGCAUAAGAUUUUUGAUACCAUCUACUCAAUUUAAUGGGCUAUAGCACGUUGUACUUUAUUUUUCGCAUUAUAACUAUCAUAUUGGAAGCUUAAUAUGAAAUAUAUUUUAUUUGGUACUAUGGGUGUAUUUGGUCGAAGGAAGAAUACUUUUAAUUGGAAAUAUUGACUUGAAAAGUAUGUGAUUUUCUUACUUAUUUGAUAUUUCGUAAGUAAACAGAAAAUAUUAUUUCAAAAGAUAUUCAUACAAAAUUUAUUCAAACACCAUGGGAUGAGGCGGGAGUAUGGGUAUGGCCUGUGGGGGUUGUGGGGAUGAGGGUUAUGGGUGUGGUUCUGGGGAUGCCGAGGAGAUAAAUUAGUAUGGAGUUAUGUUCACCAGCAUAAAUAUCAGAAUUGGGUCGAUGACCUUAUUCUAGCCGAUGUGGCUAGAGAGGAGACAAGGUAACAAGGACGGAAGCAGCCACACCAACAAUCGUCUUGUAUGGAUAUCUAGGAAGCGUUGCUUUUAGGUGCGUGUAGGGGUUGUAUUUGUUCAAACCUCACUUCCUUUUCAGCUCUUUAGACCAAUGUGAUUUAUUCCAUGUGUAUAUUUUAGGGCAUUUAUGAGAUUUGUUUUUCAUAUUUUUUACUAAAAAAGUCAUUUUACACAUUUUAAAAUAUUUAUUUUUUAAAGAAAAUGUUUUUCAAAAAUUUAAUCAUCCAGGCAUGAAAAAACUAAAAAACAUUUUUUCCUCUGUACCAAUUCCAAGCAGUACAUACAUCUACCUAAUUUGAUAGUAUAAAAAAUUGUAUUGAUAGUACAAAAACGUAUUGAUACGAUAAAAAAUUCUUACACUGUUAAUUACGUAAUACUUUAUCUCGUUGAAUCAGUAGGAAAUCUUUAUCUUCUUUUUUUGAAUUCAUUUCAGUACCAGGCACAUGCAUGAGCAGUGUAAUUCCAACUGUCAUGGCAGCCCACAAAUUGGAUUCUAAUAUUACUUUCAUUUUUGGAUGAA